AUGGAAAACUACGGUCUUCCCAUCUCUCAUGGACCGCUAGAUCUCUCAACAUACUCAGACGCAGAUUGGGCAGGUGACAUAGAAACGAGAAGAUCUACCUCAGGAUAUUGUUCGUUUCUCGGAACAACACCGAUUUUGUGGACAGUAAAGAAACGACAUACCGUGUCCAUAUCAUCAACAGAAGCGGAAUACAGAGCUCUGGCGGCAGCUAUUACCGACAUUAUUUGGCUAAGACAACUGCUUCAAGACUUCAAAAUACAAGUUUUGCAUCCUACAGAUCUCUACUGUGACAGUACUUCAACGAUCGCCUUAGACAACAACCCUGUAUUUCAUGCAAAAACAAAACACAUGGAAAUAGAUCAUCAUUUCAUACGACACCAUAUACACUCGAAUAUUAUUCGAGUUCAGAAGAUCAGCACACAGGAUCAGCUCGCAAACAUCUUGACGAAGCCUCUCUCCACUUCGAGAUACCAUUUCCUUAGAAGCAAGCUAAGGGUUUCCGAAAACCCUCGGCGAUUGAAUCCUCUCCUCAUAUCUCAUCCUAUAAAAUUUCAGGUCCUCAGUGCACUAUUCAACCUUUGCAAGAUAAACAAGAGGAGACAGGAACAAGCAGCUGAGAAUGGAAUCAUUCCUUAUUUAAUGAACUUUAUAAUGUCAGAUUCAUCAUUGAAGCAUAGCGCAUUGCCACUUCUCUGCGACAUGGCUCACGCGUCCCGAAACUCAAGGGAGCAGUUGAGGAUUCAUGGUGGAUUGGAUGUGUACCUAAACCUUUUGGAGGAUGAAGCAUGGGCUGUGACCGCAUUAGAUUCCAUUGCAGUCUGCUUGGCCCAUGACAAUGACCACAAGAAAGUUGAACAGGCUAUGUUGAGGAAAGAGGCCAUCCAGAAGCUAGUGAAGUUCUUCAGGGAUUGCCCAGAACAAUAUUUUGUCAACAUAUUAGAGCCUUUCUUGAAGAUCAUUACGAAAUCAGCAAGGAUAAAUACUGCAAUGGCAACCAGUGGUCUUGCUACUCUUCUUAUUUCAAGACUGGACCAUCAAGAUGCUAUUGCUCGGCUUAAUCUUCUUAAAUUAAUCAAGGCUGUUUAUGAGCAUCAUCCAAGACCAAAGCAGCUCAUAGUGGAAAAUGACCUCCCACAGAAGCUCCAGAAUUUGAUCGAAGAGCGCAGGAAUGGGCAACGGUCCGGAGGCCAGGUCCUUGUCAAGCAAAUGGCGACUGCACUUGUAAAAGCCCUUCACAUCAACACUGUUCUUUAGAUAAUUAUUAUAUUCAAUAUGAUGGUCUAUUAGGGCAGCUUUUUAUUCCCACAUCCUUUUUUCUAAAAUUCUUAUAAUGAAAAUAUAUUUUUUGACAAAAUUUUCUAAAAUGUUAGCUUUAGAAAAGUUUCUGUUCAACUUU